AUGUCUUCUCAAAAAACCGCAAUUGUCACAGGUGCCUCUGGUCUCCUCGGACGUGCUGUCUACAAGGAGUUUGAGAAAUCCUACAAGGUUGUGGGUACUGGACUUACUCGUGCUCAGCCUCCGCUCGUCAAGCUCGAUCUCCUCGACCAUGAGGCCGUGGCAUCCUUGAUUGAGCAGGAGCAGCCAUCUGUCGUUAUUCACUGUGCGGCUGAACGCAGGCCUGAUGUCAGCGAGAAGCAGCAAGAGUAUACUGAGAAGCUCAAUGUCAAGGCAACGAGGAAGCUUGCGGAGGCAGCGGCCAAGUCAGCUUCCAAGCCCCUCGUGAUCUACAUCUCCACAGACUACGUCUUUGACGGUCAAAACGCCCCGUACGAGGUUGACGACAAGACCAACCCUACCAACUGGUACGGACACACCAAGCUCAACGGUGAGCUCGCUAUCCUUGAAUCACCCAACACCAUUGCCCUCCGUAUCCCUGUCCUCUACGGCGCCGGCGAGAACUCUGAGUCCUCCAUCAACACUUUGGUUGAUGCUGUCUGGAACAAAGCCGGAAAGAAGGAUGUCCAGAUGGACCACUGGGCCGCCCGUUUCCCCACCAAUGUCGAGGACGUUGCACACGUCUUGAAGGACCUUGCGCAGAAAUACUCUACUGAGGAGUCUCGCAAGGAUCAGCCCCGCGUCUUCCAGUUCUCUGCUGACCAGAAAUACACCAAGUACGAAAUUUGCCAGAUCUUUGGUGACAUCCUUGGCCUUCCUAUCGACCACCUGAUCGCUCAAGACACCGUCGAGCAAACACCUGGAGUUAUUAGACCCAGGGACUGCAAGUUGUCGACUAAGACGCUUCAGGAUGCAGGCAUCUCGGUUGAUCACGUUGACUUCAAGCAAUGGUGGCAGCGUCGUUUGACUGCGAACAAAUAA